UCCCAUUUUGCACAUGGGGAAAUGGAGCCUUAGAGAGACUGAGCAAAGGUGUGCUUUGGAUUCUGCUCUAGCUGGAGCCUCCCCACAGAAAUCUGUGUGGCUUUCUGCUGAUGGAUCCUGGUGACUGUUGGCUCGGCAACCCCAAUGAUGAUGGUCUCUCAGCAAAGAUUGUCUAGUCUUGAGCCACCAAGACCAGAAGAUUCUGAACUGAAGAGAUUUUGUUCCAGAAAUCUACUGGUCAUCCUUGGCUUCUCCUUUAUCCUGGCUGUGGUUGCUUUGCUUGCUGUGGGGUUGACCCAGAAUAAAUCAUUGCCAGAAAAUGUUAAGUAUGGGAUUGUACUGGAUGCGGGCUCUUCUCACACGAGUUUAUACAUCUAUACGUGGCCAGCAGAAAAGGAGAAUGACACGGGGGUGGUGCAUCAGAUAGAAGAAUGCAAGGUAAAAGGUCCUGGAAUCUCAAAAUAUGCUCAAAGAGUAAAUGACAUAGAACUUUAUCUGGCUGAAUGCAUGGAAAGAGCCAAGGAAGUGGUUCCACAGUCCCAGCACCAAGAGACACCUGUUUACCUGGGAGCCACGGCAGGCAUGCGGUUGCUCAGGAUAGAAAACGAACCAUUGGCAAACAGGGUCCUGAAUACGGUGACGAACAGCCUUAGCAGAUACCCCUUUGACUUCCAGGGUGCCAGAAUCAUCACUGGCCAAGAAGAAGGCGCCUAUGGCUGGAUUACUAUCAACUAUCUUCUGGGCAAAUUCACUCAGAAAUUGCGAUGGCUCAACCUGAUGCCAAAGGGAGACGAUACUCAGGGAACCUAUGGAGCUUUAGACCUUGGGGGAGCCUCUACACAAAUCACUUUUGUGCCCCAAAACAAGAGCACUGAGUCUCCAGACAAUGCUCUGCACUUUCGCCUGUAUGGCAAGGACUACAGUAUAUACACACACAGCUUCUUGUGCUAUGGGAAGGAUCAAGCGCUCAUGCAGAAACUGGCCAAGGACAUUCAGGAUACAAAUGGAACCCUCAGGGACCCAUGUUUUCAUCCUGGAUAUGAGAAGGUAAUGAACAUAAGUGACCUUUACAAGAGCCCCUGUACCAAGAGAUUUGAGACAACUCUUCCGUUUCAUCAGUUUCAAAUCCAGGGCACUGGAAACUAUCAACAAUGCCAGCAAAGCAUCCUUCAACUCUUCAACACUAGUUACUGUCCUUACUCUCGAUGUUCCUUUGAUGGGGUUUUCUUGCCACCACUCGAAGGGGAUUUUGGGGCAUUUUCAGCUUUUUACUAUGUGAUGGAGUUUUUAAACUUUACAUCGGGGGAAACUCCCUCCCAGGAAAAGGUGAUGGACAAGAUGAAGGAGUUCUGCUCUCUGCGCUGGGAAGAGCUGAAGACAAAUUUUGGUGCAGUGAAGGAGAAGUACCUGAGUGAAUAUUGCUUUUCUGGCACCUACAUCCUCUCUCUCCUUCUGAAUGGCUAUCAUUUCACAGCUGAUUCCUGGAAGCAUAUUCAUUUCAUGGGCAAGAUCAGGAGCAGCGACGUCGGGUGGACUUUGGGCUACAUGCUAAACCUGACCAACAUGAUCCCAGCUGAGCAGCCGUCGUCUACACCUCUUCCCCACUCCACCUAUAUUUUCCUCAUGGUCCUCUUCUCCCUGAUCCUGGUCAUAGUGAUUGUCAUAGCCAUGUUUGUCUUUCGCAAGCCUUCGUAUUUCUGGAAAGACACAGUAUAGCAGGAGCAACUGAAAUCUGCUGGCUGGAGUGAGAAAAAAACUUCCAGGGAGCACAUUCCUCCACAGUGGUGUACAAGAUCAUCCUUCCUUGCUCACCAAGGCCUGUCUUGACCAGCAUGACGCUUCCUUGGCUUUUGCUGAAGCCUCUCAUGGGAGGUAUUCGCCACCUUCUGCCUCAAGGCCUUUCUGGCAGACACUGUCUCUUUUGUGAGUCUUUCUCAACUCCCCUCUCUUUUGUACUGUGUGCUUGUGUAGGUCUUAAAGACCUGCCACCUUUCAUGAUCUUUGCUUUAUAAAAGAACAAGAGUGACUUUGUCCAGAAGAACUGAGAGUCCUGAGUCCUGUGCUGGAAGUUGCGCUGGCUAAAAGCAUCAUCUCAGGAACUGUUCUGUUUGUAUUCUUACAGACCCUUUCUCUCUCCUGUUUCCUAUUAUUAAGAAAGCCAUACAAUGCCUUUGGAGAGGGCAGACACACAUCCAAUUCCCAGCCUGCCCUUUGUAUGAGAGAAUUUUCUAGACUAGGCAAAUAUGUGCUAGGGCCAAAGAGUCUUGCAAGGGAAUUUAUGUGCUUGUGCAGUUAAUAUAAUACUUAAGCCAAUCCAAAACAGGGAUGUGGAUGAGUGACAUAUUCCUUGGUGAUAUCAACAUGCUACAGAGUGGAACACCCAGACCAGAGAAAAGCUGAUGUACAUACAGGCAUUCAGAUAUCAGGGCAUACUACAUGGUAGGUGUAUACAUGUCAGGAAGAAAAAUACAGCUACAAACAGGGUUGGGAAAAUGCAUUCUCUGAUGCAUCUAUUGGGGUUUUACUUUUAUUGUGGUAAAAUGUGUACAACAUAAAAUUCACCAUUUUAACAUGUACAAUUUGGUGGCAUUUAGUACAUUCACAAAGUCAUGCAAUCAUCACCGCUAUCUAAUUUCAGAAUACUUUCAUCACCAAGAAAUUGGCUGGAGACAAGACCAUCCCUGGGUAGGCCUGAACCACCAGCCUUUCAGUUAAUAGCCAAACAUGCUAACCAAUUGCACCACAAGGAUGCUCACUGAGUUUUAAAGCCAUGCCAUAUGUUAUUGUCCCAGGGUUUGAUUUGGUGAGAGCUGCAUUAAUGUAGAGUGGCAUGCCUGUUCGUUGUCAUGGUGUUUACACAUCAAAAUGUGCCAGAAGCCAGAUCUUAAAGUGUUGUUGGCCACCCCUGUCACACAAGUAUGGGCUCUAUUUACUUCCUCCAUGGAAUAUUUUAUGGGAGAAGCAGCAGCUACGGAGCUCGUCACAGAAACAUUAAGAGACCCUGUGCCUUCUUCCUUUAGGGACUGUUGUUAAGAGUUGCCUGUUGAGAGGAUGCAGUGGUGAUGUGUCUGACCUUGUCCCAGGCUCUUCAUCUCUGGAUUUGGGAACUGACUGUUGAGCUGCUGCAGAGUGGAGGGGAAGGAAAACCUCUUCCACAAAAUAGCAGCCAAAUGUCCCUAUAUCUCUUGAACAAUCAAGUCAUUUUUGACAACAUCCAGGUGACUAUAAGCUGAAUAAAGCUGUGGACAGAAACUUUUUUUCUGCUACUCACAACUGAACUUGCUGUACCUCGAUUAGGAAUGAGAAGCCAAAUUAGGACACAGUUAAACUCUCUUAGUGGUAGUUGGUUCUAUCAUUAUAGCUAGUAUUUACUGAGCAUUUGUUGUAAACCAUGCUCUGCGCUCAACUGCAUUACAUUCAUUUUCUCAUUUAAUCCUCACAAUACUCAGAAGGGUAGCUACUAGCACUCCCACUUCAUAGAAACAGAAACUGAGGCUCAGAGAGGUUAAGUCACUUGCCUAAAUGGCUUGGCUAAAGCCUGGCAUGCACUUCACCAUUAUUUUCUCUCCCAAAUAUACUAGACUGUCUCCAUAUGACUUCUAAGCACACACGUAACUCUGCAUGAAUACAGGGCUUAUGGGCAUGACCUGUUCCCUGAUGGACUUGUGAUGUAACAGUGCUUUAAGUCCACAAAGACCAUCAUGGCAACAUCAAUAUUCUGUUCAUGUAUUUUGCAUUGUAACACAUGUGGCAUAUGAUGCUAAUCAAUGAUUCCCAUACUCCUGGCUUCUUAAUUACACUGCUUGCUUACUGCACAGCAGUUAAGCAUCAAAUAAACAGUAGUUGAUGAUAAUGAUGAAAAUAAAAGGUCUAUUUAUUAAUAGAGCCAAUAGCAGCCCCUUUAAUCCUUAUGUCUGCAUAUACAAAAGACUGUCAUGCACAUUAUUCUGAUCCUAAAUCAAACCACAAGGGUGUAAGUGUUAUUUCCAUACACAAACUAGUACAUGGCAGAGUGGAUACUCAAAACCCAUGUCUUCUGCUCCAAGUUUACUGCUCAUUCUUUUCUAAACACUGCCCCUCAGCAAGUUGGAAUUAGAAUUCACAAGUUUCCUUCAGCAAACACUGAAAUAUUUUCUUAUUCCAUUUCUGUCUUGUUGCCUGGGUCCAAAAAAAAAAAAAAACCCUUUAAGGUAUUCGGGAGCCAAACUCCACUUGUUAAAAAA